GCUGGUCAGGGGCGUGAGUUCCCCUCCACCAGCACCAAAACAUUGCAAAAAAAGGCAGGGCGCCCCACACUUUAGAUAAGGACAAUUAGCCACCAGCGAGCCCCUGCAGACAGCGAGUUAAUUAGGGGUUUCCUGCUCUCCGGCAUGCUCUGUCCCAGCUCCUGCCCCCCCGGGCUCUUAGCCCUGAUGGCACCUGGGUUGGCUCUCAUGGCCACCUUCUCGCUGCCCUCCCAAGCCGGGGACAGGAGAACGCUGCCGGUGGAGAAACCUUCAGGUGUGAAGGGAAGAACUCUCAUUCUCCUUGAUGUCAACACCAAGAGCCCUGUCAGGAUAAUCAGUGAGAAUUUCCUCUCCCUGCAGCUGGACCCCUCCAUCAUUCAUGAUGGUUGGCUCGAUUUCUUAAGCUCCCGGCGGCUGGUGACCCUGGCGCGGGGCCUCGCCCCCGCCUUCCUGCGCUUCGCGGGCAAGAGGACGGACUUUCUGCAGUUCCACAACGUGAAGAACCCAGCCAAGAGCCGCGGCGGGCCCGGCCCCGACUACUACCUCAAGAACUACGAGGACGACAUUGUUCGCAGCGACAUUGCCCUGGAUAAGCAGAAAGGCUGUAAGAUCGCCCAGCAUCCUGACAUAAUGUUGGAGCUACAGAGGGAAAAGGCAGCUCAGAUGCACUUGGUUUUGUUAAAGGAGCAGUUUUCAAACACAUACAGCAACCUCACAUUAACAGCCAGGUCUCUAGAUAAACUCUAUAACUUUGCUGACUGCUCUGGCCUUCACCUGAUCUUUGCACUGAAUGCUUUGCGCCGAAAUCCCAACAACUCCUGGAACAGCUCCAAUGCCCUCAGCCUGCUGAAGUAUAGUGCCAGCAAGAAGUACAACAUCUCCUGGGAGCUGGGCAAUGAGCCCAAUAACUAUCGGAACCUGAUUGGCCGCUCAGUGAACGGCAGCCAGCUGGGGAAGGACUACAUCCAGCUGAGAAGCCUUCUGCAGCUUAUCCGUACUUAUUCCAAAGCAAACCUCUAUGGGCCAAACAUUGGGAGGCCCAGAAAGAACGUCAUUGCUCUCCUGGAAGGGUUCAUGAAAGUGGCUGGCAGCACGGUGGAUGCUGUUACCUGGCAACACUACUACAUUGAUGGCCGAGUGUCCAAAGUGACGGACUUCCUGAAAACACGCCUGUUAGACACACUCUCUGACCAGAUCAGGAAAAUCCAGAAAGUAGUCAACACCUACACACCAGGGAAGAAGAUCUGGCUAGAAGGCAUUGGUGCAACCUCAUCUGGAGGCAUGAACAACCUCUCCGAUUCCUAUGCAGCUGGCUUCCUGUGGCUGAACACCCUGGGCUUGCUGGCCAGCCAGGGCAUUGAUGUGGUGGUGCGACAUUCCUUCCUUGACCAUGGCCACAACCACCUGGUGGACCAGAACUUCAAUCCCUUGCCGGACUACUGGCUGUCUCUGCUCUACAAGCGCCUCAUCGGUCCCAAGGUCCUGGCAAUCCACAUGGCCGGUCUCCAGAGGAAACACCGGCCCGGCAGAGUCAUUCGCGACAAGCUCCGCAUUUACGCCCACUGCACAAGUUACCACAACCACAACUAUGUCCGGGGGUCCAUCACACUUUACAUCAUCAACCUGCAUCGCUCCCGGAAGAAAAUCAAGUUGGCAGGGACACUGCGGGAUAAGAUUGUCCACCAAUACCUGCUGCAGCCCUACGGCAAAGACGGGCUCCACUCCAAGUCAGUCCAACUCAACGGGCAGCCGCUGGCCAUGGUGGAUGAUGGGACCCUCCCUGAGCUAAAGCCUCGUCCGCUGCGGGCUGGCCGCACCCUGGUCAUCCCCCCGCUGACCAUGAGCUUCUACGUGGUGAAGAACGUGAACGCGCUGGCCUGCCGGUACCGAUAGCCCGUGGCACAGAACGGACCCACCGGCCCCACUCCUGCCCGGGACACGCUGCCUCCUUGGCAGCCAGCACAGCAGGGCCGUGUCGGGCAGGCACCGGGCCGUGCCCUUGUCCUCGCACCCCGGAUUUCCUCCGGCUCGGCUCGCUCUCCCGCCCUGCCACCGCAGAGCUCCGCUUGGCCUCGGCCGCCGUCCCACCGGAGCGGUCCACGAGCUGCGAUAAGCGCCCGGGGUGCGGUGCCCGCCGCCCGCGGGGGAGAGCUGGGUGCCGAGCCGCGGUGCAGGGACCCCCCGGUCCCCCUGCCCCCCGGGGUGACCCCGGCGCUGUCCCGGGCGGCGCUGCCGGUGCGGGAAGAGCAUGGAAGCAGCUCCCUCUGCUGCCGCCGGGACCGCGCGGGGAUGCUGCGGGCGGGGCGGGGGCUCGGGGGGCUGCAAAUGCGCGUAAUUCGAUCGCGGGGCGCGGACGGGAGC